UCUUGAUAGCAGCAAAGCUCUCCGAAACAGUUACCCUCACGUGAAAGAUCUUCCACGUGACACUCUCAUCGCCAUGCCCGCCCCCUCGCCGCUGCCGCAACAUCUCUACAAGAUUCUGCCAUCUGCCCCGCCUUCACCGCUGCCACAGCGCCUGCCCCUCUCAGACCUUGACCGAAAGGAUGGCUACAUUCACUUGUCGACGUCCGAGCAGGUAGCCAGCACUGCUGAUAAGUGGUUCGACACUUUCUCGGAACUGUGGCUUCUGAAGAUCAAAUACGACGUUCUAGCCAAGGGCACUGAUGGCGACGGCGAGGUUCAUGCGGAUAAGAAGGCAGAGAUCAAAUGGGAGGAAGUUGGACGUGGAUGCUUUGCUCAUUUCUACGACGGAGAUCUGGGAAGUGGGAAUGUUGCAGAGGCGCUCAAGGUGGAGAAGACUGGUAGCUGGGCUGAGAGCUUGAGCUUGGAGUGGUGAGCUGGCCCCUCAGUCGACCUCACGAAUCGCACGAGAGCUUCAGGCACGGGCUUCUUCAGCCAACGAUUAUUGAUUCUGUGAGAAGACGCUACGUGCUACAGCAGUAAGCAAGCGUGGUCGUCUCAGCACUCAUGCCCCACGAUCGUCGAAAUUGCACCUACAUGAAGUCUUA